AAACAAAAUAAAAAACAUGGCGGUCAAUGUUGUCCUGGUACGGAGUUAACCACUUACUUUAGAUAGUGUUUAUAUUUCCGCUUAAGUGACGAUAAACGACAUUGAUAUUUUCAAAGGUACGAUGAUAACUUUUAGUUAAUAUUUAACAAGUCUGAUAUUCACAAAGUAAAUCUUACAAACAUGAUGAAAUACAUGUGUAUAAUUUAAUUUAUGUCAGGCCUGCUUAUAUUAUAUUAUAUUUAUAUUAUACAUUAAAAACAACUACAUUUUUAUUUACAACAGUUUUAGUCAUUUUAUCUUCCUAGUUAGGUGUAGUCUUUUGAGGUAGACUUACACUUAUAUAGACGUGCUAACUAGACACUUGCUAUAACUAUUGGUGGGUAUAGCCGAUAGCCUGACUGUGUGAGUGAGUGUGACGCCUAAUUUUGCUUCAGAGUACUGAGAAGGCGUAGAGCUGUAGCGUCCAUCACUUAUCUCCCCACUUCUUUGUUUUGAUAUUGACAUCAAUUGACCGACAUCAUCAAUUGAUUUAGUUAGCCCUCUACCACUACCCACCUCUCCCUUGAUUGAUGAUUGGGAACAGAUUAUUAUUUACAUUUGAUAUGUUCUAAAUGGAAGGUACAGAAUACGUUCAGUUGCAGUUUCAAAAAUUUCUUUUCUGAAGGUUUCUAAUACCCUCACUUUACAUAAGCUGGCAGCUUUCCGAGAAGGGAGAGACUUUCUAUAUUUCCUAGAGACAUAUUACCAGACUUAUUGAUUGGUUUCCUGCAUCAAAUUCUUUUACAUGCACAUACAUCGUAAUCACACGGAACUGAACACAAGUCCUUUUUCCAAAAGCAAUGUAAAAUUUAAUCUGGAAACAUUUAUAUCAGCGCGUGAAAAAGAAUCAAACACAUGUAAAGCACAGCUUGCUAUAUGUAUAAGUAGAAGAAUUAUUUACAGCCUUUGUUCACUAUGCUCUCACACCAAAUGCCAAACAUACAGCACACACACCAAAGACAGACUAUAGACACUAUGUCACAGCUACAAUAAAAACACAUGUCACAAGCCUAAUGUUAGCCUAAAGUGUUAACCCUCUGGAGACGUAAGGGCCGAUCUAUCGGCCCGAGGUACACUAGCGAGAAAGACGUCAAGUCCGAGCCGUCGGCCUGAUAGAUCGAGCCUCACGAUUGGAUGGCUUGGCGUUGUACCAGCAAAUCAAAAUUAUUCUUACGUAUGUCUGCAUAUCCCGGCAUUGUAAUGGCGGCGUUCGUUGAAGGUGAACUCAAUUUAUUAGUGUGCAGGAAUUUUUUUUGUGUGUGUAUAGUUACAUCGUGAAAUUCGAACAUGUCUGACAGUGACUCUGAUCAAACUGUGCUUAGUGCUUUAUAUAUUUUUGCAGUGAAUCUGACACUGAAAAUGAUGAAAACAACAAAAUAAAGACUUUCAAAUUGAGGGUAAUGCUAAUGUUGUGAACUUUUGGUUUAGUAUUACUAGUAUUAGGGGUUCUCAAAUGGACAUAGAUGACCCCUCUGAAUUUUUAGACAACAUAAGUCCUAUAAAUAAGGCAUAAGCACACCAUUUGAGUACUUUAUGCUAUUUUUUUACACUAAAUAUCAUUCAAAUGUUUAUGAGAGAGACCAAUAGAUAUGCAGACAACUUUCUCAGUAACAUCCAGCUUAAGAGAAGGUCCCUAGGUCAUAAAUGGGGGCCUGUUACAGUGUGUCUGUAACAACUGAAAAAUAGGGGGUGGAAAAUGAGUAGAACCAUGUGCCAGAGGUGUCUGAAGGGCCUUCAUGGGCCUUUUCCCCCCAAAAAAUAAGUAUUAGGACUUAUUCAGGCUUCAUCCAUAAAAAAAUUAACACAAUUGAUACAAGUAAAUCAUGUUUAUUCUAGGUGUAACAAAAAAUUACACGCAUAAAUUAUGCAAAUAAGGGUAGCUCAUUUGCAUAAAUUUUGAUAUUUCAGUUUUAUUUAUAAAGAUUGUAUUAGGUCAUUCAAUUUCCUACAAGAAUAUAUAUAGUUUUACCUAUAUUAAGGGAAUAGUUUAUUUUUUAUAAAUUUUUUUGCAAUUCGAGUGUUGAGCUCGUAAAAAGUGCUCCGUCUUUUUGGCACAUACACCUGAAAAGGCUCCGUCUCCAGAGGGUUAAUUAACUAAGCUAACACACAAGACACACCACACACAAUAAAACACAAUGUUCGGUGCGCAAAAAUUACUAGAGUAUACCCAUAUUCAUUAACAAGAGCCUAACAAGAUUUUACGCCUUUUUUGUGUAUCUAAUAUUUGUAUCUUUCGAGGAUUAUACUUUUUCACUUUCUGUGCUGUAAGUUAUUAUAGUUUUUUUUCUGUGUAUUUGAUAUCAUCUUCUUUAUUUAAAUUUAAUAGUUUAAUGAAAUUGAAUACUGUUAAUAAUCCUUUAUUAUGUAUGGUUUGUCUAACAAGCCAGAUCUUAAAACAGAUUACAUUUCAAAACCAUAUGUAACACACUACUUUUACAGUAACUUUUUUACUCAAUUAAACUUAUUAAAACAUUCUGUACUGUAACAUUUAUUUCAUGCCUUGCCAUUUAAUUUAUCAUGUCUGUGGAGAGCUCGUUUCUGUUUACUAAACACAAAAGAUUUCUCCUUACCGAGUUAUCCAAAUGGAGUGGUUUGACUGAUUGUUCAGGUUUGUCCUGGCUGAUUUAAUAAUCUCAUCUGUCCCAGUUUCAAUCACAAUAUGUUAGCUCCUAAAUAAAAUUGAAUUUGUUCUGUCUUUGCUAGAGUUUUGUACACAUUGAUCCAAUGACAAACAGUGGUUUUUUUUUUUGUGUGUGUUUCACUGUGUUCUUUAUGCGUUCCACUUUGCAGGAGCCAUCUGGAAUUUUCAUUGUGUCAAUGUCAUACCACUUCAGGUCCCCAUCUCUGGAUGGGUUUGAUUACAGAUUUUGCCUUGUUCUAGAUGAGUUGCCAUCCACCAUGGGUGCUGGUGUUGUUUUUGCUUGUCUAGCCUUUUGUUGGGAUUGGAUUCCAGUCCAUAAGUUUGGGAUUGACUCAGUUUGGACUGCUCAGCCACCCAGCACCAUCUGUUUUUGUAAAUGUGUGUUUAUGCAAACUGUAAUGAGCAAUCUAAUCUAAUGUUACUAAUUACCCAAAAAGGCUAAAUGAAAAAUUACAUUUUAAAAAUCUUGUGGCCCUUCUUCAGCUGACUGAUUAUGAGAUACAGCUGUCUCAACUUCAAGGUAAUACUGGUUUCCAUAUUUGUAUUACAAAUUUAAAAUUUACUUUGCCUAUUUAAAUCUAUAAAUUUGAUGGAUUAUUAUUCAAUUAUUUUAACUGGCCUUUUUUUUCUGUAGGUCAUUUAUAAAUAACAAUAUGAGUCAUAUGAACAGAAAAAGAAGAUAUGGAGAUGAUCACAAUGGCUUGCCUAUUCCUCCCAGAUGGCUACACUGUCCACGUAAAGGGCAAAUCAUACAAGGUAAUAAAAAAAAAUUUUAAAAAGAAAAAAAAAAAAAAAAAGAAAGUACAAUUCUUUGUCCAUCAUUUAAUUAGAUCUAACACACCAUUUUUUAAAAUUCAGCUUAGCUUGAAUUUAUGUAUUGAAAUUACAACAAUUUUUUUUAAUCUACUUAGGAGUGUUCCUACCAUUUAAAACACCGCUGGACUCAAAAUAUGAUGAUCAGGUUCCAGAAGAAAACAGAUUUACCAUUGACAUGCUAUUUAACUCCAUAAAGCCUUUGAGGGUUAGUUGACUAAUAUAUAUAUUUCCAUUGUUUUAAUUAGCAUUUUUAAAAUUCAUAUUAUACGCUCAUGCAUAAUGCCACAUGCUUAAUUUACUGAUGGGGGGGGGGGGGUAAAGACAUAUAAGAAAUCAGUUAAGAAAUUCCGUUAAAAAACUUGGCUUUCCUGUUGAAACAUUCAUUUUUCGAAAAGGAAUGACUAAUAUAUAUAUUUCCAUUGUUUUAAUUAGCAUUUUUAAAAUUCAUAUUAUACGCUCAUGCAUAAUGCCACAUGCUUAAUUUACUGAUGGGGGGGGGGGGUGUAAAGACAUAUAAGAAAUCAGUUAAGAAAUUCCGUUAAAAAACUUGGCUUUCCUGUUGAAACAUUCCUUUUUCGAAAAGGAUACCUGGUGAUAAAGUUUAUUGCCUUUGGAACACUAAUGGUUACAUAAUUGUUAGAAAAUGCUGUAGAUGAUUUACUAUUUAUUUUGUAAUAGUAAAUGUUAAUGUACAUUCAAAACAAAAAUUAUACAUUUACUGCUAGUGUUCAAAGAGAAUGGAUACUGUAUGGGUAUGUGCGAUGAACUAGGCUCCAUGAUGAGAUGCUGUUGAGUAGCCGACCACUUGGCAGACUACCAGCUUUCUUUGUCACUGAUUUAUUUAAGCGCAGAUGCUUUGUUUAGUAGUAUAUGAGUAAAGCCGCGGUCCACCCUGACAAUGACAAAGAAACGUCAGUCAUUAAGUUUACACUUUUACUUUACUGUAAGUGCAAAAGAAAACUGCACUGCCACUAAUGAAUUAGUAUACUGUAGGGGUAACAUUAGUAUACCACACUAAUGUAGGGAUAACAUUAUGAUACUGUACUACUGUAAAUGUGUUGGUGUGGCAAAUAGUCAUAAUGAGAUACUCUACUCUAUUUGUACAUCAACCAUUUAUUUUUCUUUUAAGGUAAUGUAUUAAGCUAAAUUUUAAAUGGAAUUUUAGUGCCUUGGUGGCAUGAUUUGGGUCAUAUUUGGGGGUUAAGCUCUAGAAAUAAGAAAUUAUUACAAAUUUUAGUGACUUGUACCAAACAUUUGCGAUGCCUCCUGAUCUACGACUGGUUCUGGAACUUAACUGAAUGUUCAAGGUAUGCUGUAUAUAAUUUAGAUUAUUGCAAAUAUAUAGACCAGUGCUUCAGAAGCUGCGCUGCCCAGAGCCCUAUUACUCUGUAAGCACUUCUCAGGGGCUCUACGCACCAAACACUCUUGUGAUAAUUUUACGAAUCUCAUUUAGCUCAGUUUUCAGGAAUUUUUUUAGUGGAAUCGGUGGUGUCAUAAUUCCUUCAUCUUCCCCUAGACAAACAAGAAAAACUUAUUUUUGGGCGUGGGGCUGAAAAUUUGAUAGCACGUGUUGUCAUCGGCAACGAGUCUAUGUGCCAAGUUUCAGCUGGUUAGGUUGACAAGAAGUGGGUCAAUUAGCAUUCUGAAGAUUUUGUCACACACUCCGCCAGAAGGAAAGAAACACAUGAACGAAAGCGUAGUCAAUAUGAAGGAUUUAAAAAGGUACUCAGUGAGUCAAAAAGGUUGGGAACCACUGAUUUCAACCAAAUAUCAAUAAAUUGUAUAUUGUGAAUUUAUUUCUAAAAAGCAUGAGGAAAAAAGAUAUACCAAUGCCCAUCAUGAAAUAAGCCUUGCAAAUAAUACACCCAUCCAUUGUUUAAUCUUUGUCAUCAACCUUUUUUGCCAUGAUGCGAAAGAUACAUUUGUUUAUUGCCCUAUCGCCAAUUGAUUUUAAUUUUAUUCACAUUUAUUCACUGGAAACGUGGUUUGUCGUCCUAUAUUUUCAAUGCCUUCAUAUUUUUUAAAAAGUUUUUACUUCAAUAAUCUGAAUUUUAAAAAUUUCACAAUUUCAGAGAAAACUUGGGCUUAUCAUCAACUUGUGCAACACUGACAGAUUCUACAACAGACAAGAAGUAGAAAAAGAAGAACGUGAAUGUAGACUGGUCUCUGUCAAGUGUGCUGGGUGACUAAACGUUUUUCAAUGUCCAUCUCGAAAUUGUUGUCAAAAUCAUAAUGAAUCUAAUAUUUAUUUAUAUAUUUAAAAUGUGUUGUUUUUUUUUGGUUUUGCAACCUUACAGAUUAUGAUGAUAUUGACAUCCCUGACUAAGACAAAAACUAAUCAUUUUUUUUUAUUUUAAAAAAUGUAUAUCUCUAGUCGAGCUGAGGCUCCAACAGAGGAACAAACCGAAGCUUUUGUCGAGUUGUGUGAUAAAUUCAUCAGAAACAAACCCCUAGAGCUAAUAGGUAAUGUGUUUGGAUAUAUUGGCGUUGUCCCCCCCGUCCCCCCUCUCAAUUUUAUUUGUAUCCCCAAUUAGUGUUUCUGUUACUGAAUACAUAAUGUAAUCUAAUUUACGAACCCAUAACUUAUCCUGAUAAGUAAACUUGCCAGCAAAAAUCGUGGCUUAGAGUUAUAGUAUAUCUUUUUUUUUUUUUUUUUUUUUUUUAUUUAAAUUUAUUUUUUUUUUUUUUUUUUUAAUUUAAAUUUAUUGUCCUCACAGAAGAGUUGUAAACAUUAAGGUACGUUCACAAUAAACAUUAAGGUAUGUUCACAGUAGACAUUAAGGUAAGUUCACACUGUUGAUUUGUUGAAGCCACAAAUCUCAGUGGCGACUACAUGUUGAGAAUCAAUGACACAGAUAUCCCACGUAGGUGCUCAAACUUAGCAGGCACAACCAUGGCACAAUAUGAUGCAAAACUUUAAAAAAAACAAAUAUAUGUAUCAAUUUUUUAAAAUUCACGAGCAAGAGCAACAGUCAGCAAACCUGCGGCUGCAUGUGUCUGUUUAACUUAAUAAAUUCUGCUUUUUUCUUUUAAAAUAUGACAUCAGCAAAAACUACCCGUGAAAUGCAAAAAUAAAAAACGUAAAAUUUAUUUGGAAAAAAAAAGUUUUGUUUAUUACAUGUUUACAAACUUUUCCUCUUUUCUAGGAGUUCAUUGCACACAUGGGUUUAAUAGAACAGGGUUUCUCAUUGUGUCAUAUCUUGUGAAAAAGUUGUCCUGGAGGUCAGUAGUCUUUGUACACAAGUAUACAAAAUUCAAAUAUUUUUUAAAAAUUUUUUUUAUUUAUUACAACCGAAACUAUUUCCAAAAUGCUCAAAAUAGUCUUAGCAGUUUAGAGCUCUGCAAAGCCAGUAUUUUUCUAUAUAGCUGAACUGAUAUUGGCUUCCAAACCAUAAAACUCUUUUAUUAAUUUUUUUUCAGUGUGGAAGCUGCGGUUAGACAAUAUGCCCAGGUAAGAAUGUGAACUGCAUUUGGGUUUUUUUUUUUUUUAAUCCAAGUGGCUUAAGUUCUAGUUUCACAGUUAUUUGUUAAGGAUUCAAGUUGGAUUUUUAUAUAACGCACCAUGGUGCAUCCCUGCAUGGGGACUUACGGCACUGCUACUGAAUGCCCAUUCAAACAAUAGUCUGCUUUUACAAAAGGAAUAUGGCCCUGUGUGUUGAUUUACCCAACCUGUUCUAAAGAGUUUUUAUGUCGCCAGCUUGACACUCCGUAAGAGAAUAUGCGGCCUAAAGGGGCGCCUCUGUUAGUAACUGUGUAUAAGUCUUUUGGAUAUCCUGAUUAGAAGAAGAAUGUAUUUGGGUAGUGCCAUGCCAUUCCAGCUGUUGAGUUUUCCUCGAACAAAAAAUUACAUAUGUUAAUCCAAAAGAAUCUCAUUUUGCACCUGCCAGGCUCGACCACCUGGGAUAUACAAACAAGACUACCUGGAUGAGCUGUUCAGCAGAUACGGUGAUGCAGAAGACACACCACCGGCCCCGCCACUUCCAGACUGGUGUUCAGGUAAAAUUAACAGACAAUUGACAGACAAUUCAUUGACAAGGAAACUUCAUCGACCGAUGAUUUACCAACAUAGUCACAGUAAAAAUUAAUCAAAUUUAGCAUUUGUAUGUGUCAUCAAGGAGAUUCAUUCUGAAAUCUUUUUAAAAAAACGACAAUACCAUUUAUGGAAAUUAUAAUUAAUGCAAUGAAAGUUUGUCUUUCUGUACAUUGAAAUGGUGAGCCAAACAACAAAAACACGAACCACUGCCACCUGAACCAGAUAUAUUCUGACAAUUUAAAUAAUUCCACCAGUUGUGUUUGUUGGGGUAUAUCAUUCUUCAGAGAAAGAGUUAAUGCCCAUCAGUUAGUUGAGUGAUGGCCAAUUCUUCAGUAUUCUGAGAUUGUUUUUAAAAUGCUUGUGCCAUCCGUCCAUCGAAUUAUUUGUAUCUGGAAGUCCUUUAAUUGAACCUUGAAAUUGAUUCAGCAUUUCUAUUUGAUAUGAGGUUGGUCCACGCCUGUUUCCACUGACGGAAUGACCAAUACAAUUAUACAUCUUCGAAGAAAUCUAACCAUGGCUGAAAAAUGUCUCCUUUUGCAAUUUGUUAAAAUGCUGUAUUAGUUAGAACAAUCUCCUAAUGCCUGAAUUAUAUCUCGAAUCGGAAGGGUUGGGCUUUUUCCUUGAAUUUCUUCUUCAAACGAAUUGUCCAAAGUAAUAGAUGAACCUCUAAUUUUAAUAUCCUCAAAAAAAAAAAAAAAAAUUCUGAAAAUUCUCCCAAGAGAGCUGCUUGAGGGUAUUGAGCUGCUCCAUUGAACACCUAUAAGUUGAUCUUGUCUUGAGCUGCUCCAUUGCACACUUAUAAGUUGACCUUGUCUUGAGUUGCUCCAAUGCACCCCUUUAAGUUGACCUUGUCUUGAGCUGCUCCAAUGCACACCUCUAAGUUGAUCUUGUCUUGAGCUCCUUCAAUGCACACCUCUAAGUUGAUCUUGUCUUAAACUGCUCCAAAGCGCACCUUUAAUUUGAUCUUGUCUUGAUCUACUUUAGUGCAGGGCUUUGAGUUGAUCUUUAGUUGUGAAAUAGUAUGUAAACCAAUGGGAAAAGGCAUAAAAUUCUAUCGUACCAUUUUAAUUAAAAGUUUAGUAACACAUUUAGAUUUCAUUCAUUAGAAAAAAAUCAGAAUUGGCUCUUGAUCUCCAGCUUUACUAUUGAAAGAAAGAAAUUAUUCCUCAUUGAAAGGAUGAAUUUUAAUAUUGACCUUCGAUAAUAAAAAAAAAGUUCCCUAAAGAUGUUGGUUGCGCUAGGUGGAGGAUUAGAUUUUGUCUAUAUGUGUAUUGUUUUACUGAAGAAGACUCUGAUGGUAGCGCUUGAUGAACCAAUCCUGGAGUUCCACAGUCAAUUGAAAGAGUGGUCACAGAUUACGAGGGCGCCAUCCCAUAAGAUGCUUUCUAAUGAUCUCGACAAAUUGGGGUCUAUCGAAAUCAUUUGAAUAGAUGUGUAAGUUAAAUUCUUAAAGACGUCCCUUUAAAAUUGGUCAAGAAACUCCAAAGAUAUCGCCAGCGAAAUGGAGUGGAUAAAUUUAAAUCCUGUGUGAUUUCAUUCUGGGUAAUGAGUAUGCCUACUAGGUUUGGCAUAGAAAUCUAUAUUUGUACUUGAAUUUAUGUAGCUUAAAUUAGGAAACAAUACACCUGGGUCCCUGGCCGCGAAAGGAGUCAUUUUUCUGAGUUUCCACCAUUGUUACAGACAUCAAUGCACAUCUUUUAUUUAAACUGUCAGUGGAUGAAGAUUCCAUGUUGAUUUUCUGUCUGUCUAUGAAGUGUCUAUGUCAAUGGUUUUUAUCUGUCAAUGAAUAGUGUAUCAAAAUUUCUGGUGAUGAAAUGUUUUGUUGAUGAAGUGUAUUCAUUUAUGAAUUGGCUGUUGAUGAACUGACCUACUACCACACCAAGAGCCUUAACUCAAAGGUACUUAAUUUUGUAAGAAGACAAUGAUCAUAUAUACAAGUGCAGUGCUUCUCAGUUAUACCAUAAAGAUGUUGGCUAGAUUCAUCACUGAGGCAAAGUAUGGUUGUUUGUUGAUUAGAUUCAUCACUAAAGCAAAGUAUAGUUGUUUGUUAGUUAGAUUCAUCACUAAAGCAAAGUAUGUUUGUUUGUUGAUUAGAUUCAUCACUAAAGCAAAGUAUAGUUGUUUGUUAGUUAGAUUCAUCACUAAAGCAAAGUAUAGUUGUUUGUUGAUUAGAUUCAUCACUAAAGCAAAGUAUAGUUGUUUGUUAGUUAAAUUCAUCACUAAAGCAAAGUAUGGUUGUUUGUUGAUUAGAUUCAUCACUAAAGCAAAGUAUGGUUGUUUGUUGAUUAGAUUCAUCACUAAAGCAAAGUAUGGUUGUUUGUUGAUUAGAUUCAUCACUAAAGCAAAGUAUGGUUGUUUGUUGAUUAGAUUCAUCACUAAAGCAAAAUAUGGUUGUUUGUUGAUUAGAUUCAUCACUAAAGCAAAGUAUGGUUGUUUGUUGAUUAGAUUCAUCACUAAAGCAAACUAUGGUUGUUUGUUGAUUAGAUUAAUCACUAAAGCAAAGUACAGUUGUUUGUUAGUCGGAUUCAUCACUGAGGCCAGUUAUAGUAUGUUUGUUCAAUUAAGAGCCUUAUUAACUACAAAUGUCACUUAAUGAUCAGCAUAUCUUCAUGUAUAAAAAUGUACAGUAUCUUUCAGUAAUUCCAAAAAGAUGUUAACCAAGUUAACAUUACUCCUUAAAAUAAUGCACAAAAGAUGGUGGACAUGUUAUCCGCACAACUGACACUGAUACAAUCAAACAGGUGAAGCAAAAUUUUCAUAGACCAAAGUUUCUCAGAUCUCCACAAACCCAUUUGCUGACUCAUCUAUAGUCUCAUUAUGUCUUUCUUUUUCAUGCAUUCCCCACAUUUUAUUACCUAUUUCCUUUUACCAAAUCUGAUUUCAGUGACCACCCCCCCAAAAUUAUCCUAUUUAAGUGAAAACAAUGAUGAUGUAUGAUUUUAAAGAUUAAUUUAGAGUGGAUGCAAUGGCAAGACCAUACCUGGCUGUCAUAUGCUGUGAUCAUGACUCUGUACCAGUGACCAGUGUAAAUGUUUAUCUUUGCUGAAUGUUGCAUUCCAAAAAUAUUUAUGUUCAGAGAGUGAUGACACAGAAGUUGAUGAUGAUGGUAAAGGUAGCAGAGAGGCGAAUGGUGAUGAAGGAGAGGCUAAAGGAGAGAAGCGUAGAAGAGAAUUUGUGAAAAAGGUGAAUCUUGCAUUUAUCGUGUCUACAUUUUUAAAACAGCAACUUCAUUCAGAUUUAUUGUAAUGUUAAUAUAGUUAGCAUUCAAUAUUUAUUUGUUCUGAAGUUGUGUAAACUAAAUUAAAAUUAAUUAUUUUUUUUUCUUUUAAAGUUGAUUCUAUCAAGGAAGCAUAGAGACUAAACAUUGCUAUACUAACCAUGUGCUGGGUUAAAGUCAAACCUGUUUUGAUCUCUUCUCACUUGAGGGUGUACUAUGUUAUACAACUUAGAAAACAAUAUCAAUGAUAUAUUAUGUAAAACAUGUUAAACAAAUCUCUAUUAAUUCCCAGCUUGAAUAUAAAAAAAAAAUUAAUUGGAUAAAUUAAAAUAUAAAAAUUUCUUAGCUAUUAGAACAGUUUGUCAAAUUUAUUCCGAUUUUUCUUUUUUUUUUCUUUUAAAACACACCAAAGCCAUGUAAAAUAUCCACAUUUAACCGUGUUUCUACAAACACUUUAUUCCUGCUAGGAUGCAAAGUUCAUGGAAGGGGUCAAGGGAAUUAUUCAAGUCACAACCCAACCACGGCUUUCACAAGUACAACGAAAGUGCCAAACCAUGGCAGGCUGGAAAAGGUAGUGUAAAAGAACAAUUGUACAUGCCUUAUGGGAAGAAGAAGAAGAAGAGAAAAAAAGGUAUGUUAAAGCUUUACAGAGGGAAAAACAUCAAAACAGUGAAAAUUGUGUGAUGUAAAGCUGCUCAAAAAACAGAGUUACUUUUUUUCUUGCUCGAUCAAAUUCUGCGGUCUUUGAUGGGUGUUUUUUAUUUUUGUUGUAAAUUCGACACAAAUUUUAUUGUAAUGAGUGACCAGAAAAUCGUUUUACAUGUAAUUAUCGGCAGGGCGGUCGCAUGGGCCCUGUGACGCCUGCAGCCGCAGGACCCUCGGUAUUAAAGGGGCCAUAAAGUUGGGGGGGGGGGAUGAAACUAUUUAUUUUAAACGCUGGGGAAACUAAACAAAAAAGUGCCCGGGGGGGGGCAAAAAGUUGUGACGCCUCUGACUCUGUUAUCAUUUGAAUCAAAAAUAUAUAUGAUUUAGAGAUAAUUCAUAUUUACCUCAUGCAUUUUUUAUAAAUUUAGAAGUACCAUGUAUUGUCUAUAAAAAUAUUUUUCAUAAAAAUGGAUUAUCUCAGGUCAUAAUUCAACAACAACAAAGCUUUCCUGGUGGUGAAUUUCUGUUGUGCAAAUAGUUUAAAGUGACUAUAACUGUUUUGUAUUUCAUGAGAAAAAUGAUUUCCAAUAAUUCUUUCUUAAAAUUUUAAUAACAUAUAUAUAUAUAUAUAUAUACCUGCAACCUAUGUCAUGCAUGUUUUUUUUUCUUUUCUGUACAGCUCUGGAUUCCCAGGGUCUCAGCCAGUUUCCAUGGAUGUAACUAAUCUCAAGUUUCUCACACAAAAGCCCUACAAAGUUAGCUGGAAGGCAGAUGGAACACGGUAAAGCCUCUCGUAGUACUGUGUCAGGUCCGGAGAUACUGUUGCUAUAAAUUUAGCAUUGUCAUAAGAUGAUAGGUUUUACCACGUUCAUAGAAAUGGAACUAGCGGUUCAACUUGUGUGGUGAAGCUCAACCUUAGAUCAGCUCCAAGCUAUGCUAUUACGGGAUAAAUUCAACUUAGUACCUAGGUUUUAUUUAGAGCCAAUUAAUUCCACACUGUUUUUAUGAAUUUAUCAUGGAGUCAAGUUUCAGCUUUGUCUGGAGUCUCAAACAACCUAACGUCUGUUUUUAUUCAUUACUGAUUAUUAAAAUCCAUGACAUCAGUCAGUUUGAAAUCCCGAGGAAGUAGCUUAGGGGGCUUUAGAUUUGAGAUCUGUGUUAAUGCCAGUUUGCCCAUUAUAAAACUUAAAAUUCAUUAGUAGUAGUAAUAGUGAAUAUGUGUUCGUUUCUCACUUGUAGGUACAUGAUGCUGGUCGAUGGGAAAGAUGAAAUUUAUAUGAUUGACAGGGACAACUGUGUUUUUCAUGUGCCUCACCUGAAUUUCUAUAAGAGAAAAGAUCUCAACGCAGCUCUAGCCAACACAUUGCUGGAUGGGGUAAGAUCAACCGAGCGCAAUGAUAGUGUUACCCCCACAACUCCACCUGGGUAAUGGCGUCUUGUGGUUGUCUGCAAAGCAAGUCCAUGUGUUAACAUUUGGUUUGAAGGAGGGGUGGGGUGGGGAUCAAAUUUCCUAAUGAAGAUAACAGUGUGCCUGCCAAUCACAGGUUCAGUUUAGGAGUUAUGGGGAGGGGGUAUUUUAAUAUUUGAAACUUCUGCAUUGUCAAAUAAACUGAGAUAAUUUGUGGUAAAAAAUUUGAGUAGAUUUGCAUUUUGACAAUUAAGAAGCCCUCUUGGUUGCAGUUGAAACAUCUUUAUUACUCUUGAGCAGAUGUGACAUUUGAAAACCCUUAAUCAUCCAAACUUUAAAUAAACCAACAUUCUGUAAGCUGUAAUCAAUUCUAUCUCAUGAUCUAAAUAUCAAGAAAUUAAUUCCAAUCAUGAAUCCAACUGUCUGUUUACUUUCAGGAGUUGAUCAUCGACAAGGUAGAAGGAAAGGACAUUCCCAGGUAUCUGGUGUAUGACAUCAUUAAGUUUGAGGUGUGUAUUUAACCUUUUAAAAAAUGUGUGUGACUGUACCGCUACUACUCAAAAAUGACUUUGAAAUUUGAAACUAAUAUCAAAGGUCUUUUCUCCGAUUGGUUUGUCCCAAAAAGGAAAAUGAUUUAAAUCUGUCAAUCAAAGUUGCAAUUUCUUGCUUUAAAUAUAUAAUUUUGGUAUGAAAAUUUUAUGUUUAAAAAAAUUGCCCCCACCCGCCAUUCACUUUGAGAACCACUAAUUCACAUAUCAUACUUGCAGGGUUAAUGAAUCUAUCUGACUCGAGGUCCUCAUCCUAGUAUUGUCUAGAAAUCAUUAUCCAAAAUUAAAACAUGUCUCUAACAAUUGAAAACAAUGCAAGUCUGAGAAAUGUGUACAAUUUCACUUGACACAGACAAUGGAUAAGUUAUCUACUGCACUCUGACUCCCAAAGUUGUGGUUUAGAUGUUGAUGAGGGAAAAAAAUGGUUUGUAUCAACUAAUUCUAUUCUGAUCAAAAAGGGUUUAGACGUGGGCAAAACAGACUUCGAUCGUCGGUUGUUGUGCAUUGAGAAGGAAAUAAUUGGGCCAAGAUAUGAAAAGAUGAAGCAGGGCACCCUGGACAAAUCCAAAGAGCCAUUUAGUGUGAGGUUGAAAAACUUCUUCGAUAUUACGAUGUCACAAAAGGUAAGCCAUUCAAGGGAUUAAGCAGUAGUGUCACAUUGGUAUUAUUGUUAUAGUAUAGUCAUUGAAGGGUUUAAUCAGUAGUGUCACAUUGGUAUUAGUGUUAUAGUAUAGUCUUUCAAGGGUUUAAUAAGUAGUGUGACAUUUGUAUCAUUGUUAGAGUCUUUCAAAGGUUUAAUAAGUGAUGUCACUAGUCAUUCAGGUUAUCAUUUCUAUAUAAGAAUUAAUAAAUCUACAAUUUAUUGUUAUUUUCUUAACUCAUCCAGUUUUAUCGUUAGAUAAAUAAAUGAAAUAAUUACAAGUCAGAACUUUAUACCUCCAUGAAAAGUUGUACAUGUGCAGGUUCCAGCAGACAAGUAAGUACGUUUUAUUGCCAUUGUUCCCCAACAGAUACUUGAUGGCAAGUUUGCCAAGUCGUUAUGUCAUGAAGUUGAUGGUCUCAUCUUCCAACCUGGUGCCGAGGUGAGCUUUCCAUUCCCUCCUUGCCAGUGCUGUAGCUUUCUAAGGGUGUGGCCUGUGCUUUGAGGGCCUGACACUGGUGUCAACCUUAACCCAAAAAUCAGUCCAAUAAUGCUUUUAGAAAAUAGACUCUAUUUUUUUUUACAGUUUUACCAAUUGAACUUCAGAUAUUGCCCUUUUUUAAUUUGAAUUUUGGUCUAAAUAAUAGUGACUAUUUCAUUUCAAAAGCUGCUAUGAUUCUUUGUGAAAAAAAUGCUUGUCUGAUAUUUUUUUAAAACACAAAUAAAAGCUUGUACAAGCAAGAAUAAAUUUCACUAAAUUUACGUGUUUAAAUAUGAACUGACUAAUCUUAUAUGUAUAUCAAUGACAAAUUACUUAAAUAUCCACUCUACAUCACAUAUUUAAAUCUCUUUUCGAAGCCAUAUGUUUGUGGAAGAUGUCCAGAUAUUCUAAAAUGGAAGCCGCCUAGUCUCAACUCCGUGGACUUCAGACUGAAGAUAAAUCGUUUUCAACAAGUGGGGUAAAAUGCUUUUUUAUAAUUACAAUUUUUUUUCUACCUUAAGUCAUUAGGGUGUAAUCAAAUAUGCUGCUCUAUGUUAGAUUUGUAGCGCUUGGUAUUUUGGGUUUUUACUAUUCAACAAAAUGAAGAAUACUGCCAUACUUAGGUAUUUAGAAACAAUGGAGAAGACGAAAUGUGCAAUUCAAAGGUGUGCUUGUCUUGAGUUAUAAUAUUUACAGUGACUGUAAUUUUUAUAAAAAAUAAUGUCACUGAUAAAAGUGAUAGGAAAUAUCAACAAAAGGAUGUUAUUCUGCAAUUUUAUAUUUACAUAACAUGUAUUUUGAAGAGAAUUAUUUUUAUUUGAUGGUAACUUCAUCAGUGCUGCCAUCUAUUUAAAUUGCCAUGCCUUCUAUUCUAUGGGCAAUAUGUAAAAAUUCCAUCACGGCAAUGAACACACUAAUCAACCUACUAACAUGGACAUGAUAUAUCUUGGGUCAAGCUAAUGGAAACUUAAUUUUGUUGAUUUUCUUUCCCAACUCCCUGAAACAAAGGAGGGUGAAAUUAAACAAACCUCUAAAAAACAAAGUAUUUCGAAUAAAUCCUUUAUUUGUAUUUUUGUUUGCACUCAUUUAUGCAAACUUUAAAUGGUUUAUCAUUUAUGUGAUUGUAGCGACCAAUUUUUUGGUAAGGGAAUGGUUUUUAUCAGACUUAUUGCAUAAAACCUAAUAGACUAAAGCUGUAUUUAAAUUUAAACACAAAUAUGCAAAAAUAAAGAGCGCAAAGCAACAGCUACACAAUUAAUCUCCACACCAAAGAAUAGAUCAUAUUGUUUUCAUCUUCCCCUUUAAAAAACUGAUUUUUUGGAGGGUUGGGGCUGAAAAUUUGAUAGAAUAAGUCAUCGGCACUGAGUCAAUGUGCCAUUUUCAGUUCGAUAGGAUGACGGAAGUGAGUCAAUUAGCCGUCUGAAGAUUUUGCCACAAACACACAUACAAAAACAGUUAAUAUAAAGGAUUUUUAAAAAUCAGAAACCGCUACAAGUACAAGGACACUUAAAAUACUAUUUUUCUGCUUGGAAAUAAGAAUGUUUUUAAAAAAAAUUGUUCUAAACAUUAUAUAAAUACAAUGUCAAAAUUAUGAAUAAAAACUUAAAAACUUAGUCUCAUUGUUAUUUUUUUUAAAUAGGCCACUACUGUGUGCAUAUAAAUGAAAAUAUAUUUUUAUUUCAAUUUGUUUCUCACAAAUCCACAGAAUGUUACCAGAGACUAAGGGCUUGUUGUUUGUGGGGCAGUUUGAACCACCAUUUGCGGAGAUCAAGGUUUGUAUUCACCCAAAAUCAAUGCAAUACAAAAUAUCUUUUGUCCCUGCUAUUUCUGAUUCUGUUUUUUAAUAGUAUUUGGUAAUAAUGUUAAGAUCUGUUCCAGAAAAAAAAGUUAAUCAUGAUUCAAAUGGCUAAAAUUUCCCUUUGAAGAAAAAAAAAAGGGUCUGUAAUAUGUGCCUAAAAAAAUGACACAGGGUUUAAGUCUCCCACCUCUUUUGUAUUGUCUGCCACGGAAAAAUGCUACUGAAAAAUAAAUUAAUUAACUUUAUGCUGCAUGUUUUUUAUUACUGAAUAUUUGCACCUCUGUGAACUGGGAGUUUUUGUAGUGAUGUUCAGUUUUAUCAGAUUAUCUCAAAUUAUCUGUCAAUUUUAAGUUUAUUAUGCUUAUUUUUAUUGUAAGGAGUCUUCCUAUUUUAAAUGGGCCUGUAUUUUUUUUAUUUUCCUUAGGGUCUCAUUGUUAAUUUUCUAUCUUGCUACCAUUAUGCAAUAUGCUGGUGGUUUUCUAAAAUCUUUGGCCGCACACCUUUACUUGUCUUUCCAAGAUCAUUCUCUUUUUUUUUUUUUAAAUUAGAAAUUAUUUUUUUUUAAAUUUUCACAAUUUUUCCCCCUUAUUUUAAAUGACGGGAAAAUAUGUAGGUAACAAAAGAGCUCAAGCAAUAUGACAACAAGAUCAUAGAGUGCACAUUUGAUGGUCAAUCCUGGAAGUUUCUCAAAGAGAGGACAGACAAGUCAUUCCCAAACAGUUACAACACCGCUAUGGGUAAGAAGGCUUGAGUUUAGUCAGAGAUGGGCUGUUGUAAAAAAAAAAAAAAAAUUAAAUUAUCAUCUUUGUUGUGUGGCCUCAACAAGAUUUUGGGAUAUUUUUUUUUAUCUAAUGUUGUAAAGGAUGAAGAAAAGAAAAUGAAUGUUUAAGAGACAAAUUUUGAUUAUGACCGUUUAUUCAAAAUCAUACUCUUCCCCUGAAAUUCUAGCCUGGUUUUUAAUUAUGGCUUUGAUACAUAAUUUCAUAUUUUAAUCUCAUAAUGCUAAAGAUUUGCCAUGGUUGACACAAAAAAAAUCGCCUUAACAACUGGCAAACGCAAACAACCAAUUGAAGAACCAAUUGGCAAAUAAUGGCAUUGCUGUAGUGUAUUUUACUUUUUUUUUUUUAAACCCUUGUCGUGUUAACUAAAAUUUGUAACUUUUGCAUUUUUUAAAUUGCUUUAAAAUUUUUUCUCUAGGCAGGAAUUGUAGAGACCUGUUAUUUCUUGACAUCUCUAAAUUUUUGUGCUAGAUAUUUAGCCCAAAUUUUAGCAAUAAAUCUUCUCUAGUUCAUGAGAUUUCAGGUCAAGAUAUUUUACACACUUAGCGUGCAGCUUGGUACAAUUGUCACUUUCAUAUACUUUGUAUGAAAAUUCUCACUCUAAGUACACAUUCUGUUCGGCAUUCAGUAUUAAACAUUAUUUAGGUUAAGUUUGUAAAAUAGUGCAGUAGAGCGCUGAUUUUCUGAAUGGCCCCUAUGUUAUCAAUAUUAUUAUCAUUAUCGUUAUUAAUGUGCAUGGCAGAGAGCACAUCUCACAUCCAUACAACACAGAAAAACUAGUCAGAUCCCUACCGCACAAUGCAGAUAAAAUAUAGAUACUUACUGUAGGAGUGAAGGCUACAUGAAGUGACCUGUCUGGGAUGAUGCAAUCUGCAAACUUGUUGAUUAAUAUAUAUUGCGACACAUACUCUGACCACACAAAGAUUCACCUCAGUGGCGUAGCUAGGGUUGGUGUCACCCGGUGUGGUAAACUCAUGGUGUCACCACCACACACCCCCCCACACACACACACACACAAAUCCAUGAUGGAUUCCUUUUUGUUGAAUUAAGUCCACAGUAUAACAAUGACAAGAACAAAAACAUAUAAAUCGAAGGUCAUGAGGUCAAUGUAUUUAAAAACUGUAACAACGUUAAGUUAUAGUUAGUUUUUCAUUACAUUUACUUUAUUUAAAAUUGUCCUUUCCUGGUCUUUAAAGCUGCAAACCUGACAAUCACUUGAUCAAAAUCAAUGUCAUUCCAUUGUAUCACUUCCAAUUGAUGGCAGAGCCACAUCAGAAAGCCUAGUCUCUCCCACGGUGGAUCAUUAAUAUUUUUGAUAAACCUUAGUUUUGAAAAGCUCCGCUCACCUGAAGCCUUACACACACAUAUCGUAAGAACAGAAUUAAAGGCUUAGCCAGGGUAUUGGAGGACAUUCGAGGAAUUCCCAUUCAGCUAUGAAUUUAAGAACAUCAAAUACUGACCAGUCAAUGACUUUGUGAAAUUCAAUAUCAGCUGCCUUUAGAUGUCGUCUAAGCCUUGGUAUUUCUUUUAAAAGUCCAUCUUCUGAUAACUCAUCAUAGAAAGAAGUUAAUUUUGAAACGGACACAAAUAACUCUUCUUCACUUGCUGAUACCAGACUCUUGGGUUGAACAGCCCUAAGCAUAUCUGCUACUUCCUCGAUCGCUGAUGAUCUGAUCUGGAGUUCAAAAUGAAAGCGAUCAAUACACUCCAGCAUCUCCCCUACUGUUUUCUCUCGCAGAAAGAGUCCAGCACCCAUUAAUUGUUCUACUGCCAUUCUCUUCUUCAACAUUAAUCUUCUCUCUACCGAAAUUCCUUAGUGGUCUGAUUUUAAAAGUGGCUUUUCUAUAGCAUGUUCCACACUGAGUGGCGGCGCUUCUCGUGCAGAAACAAUCUUAAGGCCUCUAGGUUUGUCACUACUUUGUCAAGAGUAAAGCCUUUAGCCUGCUGAUACUGCUGUGUAAGAUUAACUUCCUCUAGAUCAGCCCAAAGGUAAAUGUAGCAGAUAAACCUGAAAUCACAGACCGCAUGUAAAAGACCUUGUGCAGUACCUCUUGUAUUAAAAAAUUUCAAGAGGAUUAUACAGAGCUUUAAUCACCGCCACACAUUCAUCAAAACUCAUCUUUCUCUGUUUUAACAGCAGCACGAUGAGCACUUUAAUGCGCUGUUGACAGUCUUUUCAAUGGCAUUUCAGUGUGUUCAAUUAGAACAUUCCAUCGAUGAGUGGAUGCAGCAAAGAAGAAAAAUAUUCUUUGAAGAGUACUGAAAAUGUAAUACAUGAAGUAAAGCAUUUUCUGCAAAAGAGUGUUGACCAAACCAGUUAAGUGAAUGGCCCACACAUCCAUUAAAAAUUGCUUUCUUAUUAUUUAAUUUCAGAAUGGGCUCAACACCUCCAUGGAUUCCAGACAUUGUGGCAGCGUUAUCGUAACCUAUAGUUCUAAACACCAUUAUGUCUGUUUCAUCACGUUUUAGAUUUGUAAGAAUUUCAGACCUGAGGUCAUCAGCUUUUUUCCCUCUUAAUGGGAAAAAUGCAAGAAACACUUCUCUCACUUCAACUUUCCCAUUGUGGAUUUUCACUUAUAUGAUCACUUCAGACAUGUGGUCAGUGUGUGAUAUAUCAGGUGUACUUUCUAACAUAAUUCCAAAGUACCUCACAACCUUUAUAUCCAUGAUAAGAGUCUCCUUCACAUGAUUUGGAAUGACAUUUUUAAAUUCAUUUUGGUUUUUGGUGAAAGGUAAGAUGCAGAUGCUUUUUAUGUAGAUGUAGUCCUCUUUAGUCUCAUUUGGUGCUCUUUUAGCUCUGGGCCAUAUUUAGAUAGCAUCUCAACCAUUUCAAGAAAGUUUCACUGAAGAUUUAGCUUCGUUGUGGCCACGUAAUGCCAGAUUUUACUUUGCAAGAAACAAUGUGAUAUCCAGUAACCUGUGCAGGAUAUGCAUUCACUUUUUGUUCUCCAUGUCCAUCACAGCAAUACUUUCGGCAUCAAUUGUUUUGUGUAUCCUAAGUCCUGCUGCCAAUGCUUUAAACUUUUCAAGGUAACAUAGGUGCUCUUCCGAUGCCUCAUGAUUUUGUAAUUUUGGGCUCAGUUUCCACCACUUAUCAAAGCCAGUAACACAUUUAGAUGUAGUUUCUGUAACAUUAACAGCAAACAAUCUGCAGCAAAAACAAUACAAUUUCUGACUGACUAGUGAAUAAACCAACCACUACCGCAAAACUAAUGACGAAUCAUGGAAAAUAUUAAUUUUUGAGUAUUUCUGGGUUUUGAUGUAUACUAUUAUAUAUGUCUUUUGGAAAAAAAAAUCUUUAUUUAAAUUUAAAUAAGAAUGAAUCAUUAAAAAGUUGAAAAUUGUGUAAAAUAACAAAUUUUGAACCCUAUAAAUGGGUAAAAAUUCAUGUUUAAUAUUUUUAUUUUGUACCGAUUAUUAUGCUUAGAAUCGCCCCACUGCACCGUAUUUGGUAUCAAUGGAAAGCCCUAUUUCUCAGAAUUUAGAUAAAUAUAGCCUCUUGUCACUUACUGAAGUUACCAAACACUUCAAUCGGUGUGGAAUAAUGAAUGUGUUUUCUAACCUAAACAUAGGGUCAUCUCAUUUCUGACGAAGCAACCUUGAACUUUUAAUAAAGCACGCAUUGGGAUUGGUUAGAUUUGUGAAAAAUGUAUGUAUAUUCGGUUUUUCUUUUAUGAAUGUGGGUCAGAACAACAGUGUGUGCUCUGUAAAUAUGCAGUUUUUAAUGUGGGUGUUACCCUUAAAAUGGUGUCACCCGGUGCGGUCCGCACCCCCCUCGCUACGCCACUGAUUCACCUAACACUUUGCUGGGAACAAUGGAAACACAAAGACUUUCAAGACCGAAAGUGAAAAUCAAUACAUGCAAUACCAUCAAAAAAAAAUUCAAUUUAUUUGGAUAAAAAAAACAAAAACAUCUUGUCCAUCUUAUCUUACCAAGAACAAGUGACCUGUGAUUUUAUUCUCAGCGCCUGUUAUCAAUUUUUUGAAGACAGCAGCUUUUUUUAGGAAAAAAAAAAUCAAAUCCUUAUCGGUACCUUUCUUAUCGGUAACAAUCUUCUGACACCAUACAGUAUGUGUAGGACAAUAAUUUAUGUUCUUUAUUAAGAUGUAGUAUAAUAGAAUGGGUUCUUGUUACCCUUUGAAAUCAUAUAAUCAUUUGAUAUUUAAAAUAUUUUGUACAUUAUUAUUAAAUAACUUUUUUUUUUAAAUUUAAUUUUAGCAAAGUGGAGGGCUUGAGUGCUGUAGGAACAUCUGGGAAUGGGUCGUUCCUGUUUUGUUUCUUUUUCUAAAUAAAUAAAUACAUAUUUAUUUCGAGAGGGGGGAUUCUUGGCUGAGUUCCCCCACACUUUUUCUAGACCUUGACCCCUGGUGAAGGGUACACUUUUGAACUGUCAAAACAAGUUAUUGUUUUGUUUUGUUACCUCUAUUUUUGCAUCAUAUCUAUACAAAAUAUAAUACAUUGUGGAAGAUUUUUAAAAAUAAAAUAGGGGCCAUUCAGAUAACUGACGCUACAGAUAAUCCGCUUUCGGAAAAUCUGAGCUUUUUUGUAGGAAAGUAGGCUACAUAACCUUAAUACUUUGUAGAUGCUGGAUACAGUACAAAAAGUAGACCCGCACUUAGAUUUCUCAUACAAAUUAUAUCAAAUAAGAUGAGAUUCUUUUAUUGAUUAAAAAAAAAAUUGAAAAUUUUUUUUUUAUUACAUUGUACAUAUUUAUUUUCAGCACAUAAAUCAAUACAUAUUUCAACGAAGACAACAUUUUACAAUUAGAACAAUUAAAAAGACAUCCAAAGUAUUUCUCUAGCGAAAAAUUCAGCCAUCAUAAACCCCCCCCCCCCCCCCCCCCCUGCAAAAAAAAAAAUUUGUACCUAUGCUCACCUGUUAGGGUUGUUAAAUUAUACAACAUUGUGAGGGUUAAGUCAACAUUGUGAGGGUUAACAUUGUGAGGGUUAAGUCAACAUUGUGAGGGUUAAGUCAACAUUGUGAGGGUUAAGUCAACAUUGUGAGGGUUAAGUCAAACAAAGAGAACAAUUGGGGCAAUGUGAGUGAGCCACAUAUUAAAAUUACAGGAACAAAUUAUUAUUAAAUAACCUAAAUUUUUUGUUUUCAAGGUGUUUGUGGCAGUAUACAGCAUCCUGUGACCAAGGAACUUUUGUUGCGUGUCAUAGAGAGAGAUAGAUGGCAACCAGACCCUUCCAAACUGAUGCCCCCACCUAGCAAACGAUUUUAGAAGAGCAGAUUGGGCGCGUGUGAUUCUAUAAAUUAUUUUGGUAUGCAAGAAUGAACAAUCAAUAAUUAAGGUACACAAAUCAAAGUAGUCUGUGGAAGAAAAGUUAUCAAAUGAUAACUCUUGGUAUAAUGCUACAGACUUGUUAGCAAUGUUUGAAGUCCUAAGAAUCUUUAUCAACGUGAAUCUUUAUUUUGUAGAAAAUACUUACCGUACCUUAAAUUCAUGGGACUCACCUUCAUGUGAAAAUACAUAAAAUUUCCCCACACCCCAACAAAGUAGGUCCUGGUGGUUUACUUCUUGUGAAUAAACAGGAUCCAUAUCAUUUCUCUGUGUCUGUCAUCUUUAUUGUUUUCACUAUGUUUCUUAAUACUUUAUAGUGAUACUUUUGUGCGUGUUUGGGGAUACCUUAAGGGUUCAGGUAUCAUAUAGUUGGCAGGUAUGUAGCUAGAUCCAUGGAGAAAGUAAGGUAAAUUAUGAAAGUUUUGCAUUUGAAGUCAUCUUGUUUGUUUACCAAUGAAAAGUGCCUGGUAUUUGUUUAAAUAAACAGUGUUAUUGCCCAUAUCAUGCUUCCUAUGAAUGAGAGUGAAUUUAGGAACACAGUGUGUUGUUUUUUCUUUCAUUGCAUUUGAUCAAACCAGAUAAGUUUGUUCAAAGCAGUUUUGACAAGAGGUAAAACUGAUGGUUCCUAAGUGAAAAGAUAUUUCUUAGGCUAGUCUAUAUUGAUUCUGAUAUAAUUAACCAAAUAACCUUGUGUUGUUUUUUUUAUUGUCUGUAUUAAAUAAAUAAUUUAAUAUGGUGUAAGGAAUCAGUUAUUAUUAUCACUAAACAGAGUAAAAACUAAAACCUAAUUUCCAGACAAGCAUUUUUUUUAAGAUAAUUAUGAUAAUUGGAGAAAACUGUCUGCCAUUAUGUCAAUUCUUAACCUCAGGCAGAAAGAAUUUUUAGAAAUAAUCUUAUGAUAGCUCGCUGGUAGUUAAACUAGAAAUAAUGUUUAUUAUUGCUCAUGUGUGAAAUUUUAAAAAGGAUCUUUUGGAAAAAAUAUAGAUAGAUUUAUUUUUUUAUUUUACCAUGCUUUGAUUUACCAACAGCAGAUG